CCUCGAAGGUUUGUGACGUAGGACGCAAGUUACGUAAAGCGUAACGCACGUUUUGGUUUUGUCCGUUAUCGCCAUUGGAACUUUGCAGAGGGGUAGAUAUAUCUAAGUUGUCAGCGUCGACACUGUGCCUCUGGUCACACUGCCACAACAUGUAUCGUCCCAAACCGACUCUGAAGGACCGACAGCACCUGUACAGGCUCAUCAUCAGCCAACUGCUCUACGAUGGAUACACCAACAUCGCCAACACUCUCAUCAACGAGGUCAAGCCACCGACCGUAGUGUCUCCUUCUGAGCAGCUGAUGCAGCUGGCAAAGAUAGGGAUGGAGAAUGAUGACAGUGCAGUUCAGUAUGCCAUUGGGCGUUCAGAUACAGUGGCACCUGGAGUGGGUAUCGAUUUGGAAUUUGAUGCUGACGUCCAGACAAUGUCCCCAGAGGCAUCAGAGUAUGAGACCUGCUAUGUUACGUCUCAUAAGGGUCCGUGUCGCGUUGCCACCUACAGUCGCGAUGGCCAGCUCAUCGCCACUGGCUCUGCUGAUGCCUCCAUAAAAAUCCUAGACACUGAACGCAUGCUUGCCAAGAGUGCCAUGCCCAUUGAGGUGAUGAUGAAUGAGACCGCUCAGCAAAACAUGGAGAAUCACCCCGUGAUUCGGACACUCUAUGACCACGUUGACGAAGUCACUUGUCUUGCCUUCCAUCCGACUGAACAGAUCCUAGCUUCUGGCUCAAGAGAUUACACCCUCAAACUGUUUGAUUACUCAAAGCCAUCAGCAAAAAGAGCAUUUAAACAUAUACAGGAAGCAGAAAUGCUGCGUUCAAUCUCCUUCCACCCAUCAGGUGACUUUCUGCUGGUUGGAACACAGCAUCCCACUCUCCGCCUCUACGAUGUUAACACCUUCCAGUGCUUUGUGUCCUGCAACCCACUGGACCAGCACACAGACACCAUUAGUGGCGUCAGCUACAACCACUCAGCCAACAGCUAUGUCACCUGCAGCAAGGAUGGCAGCAUCAAGUUGUGGGAUGGCGUUUCCAACCGCUGUGUGACCACCUUCGACAAGGCGCACGACGGCGCUGAGGUCUGUUCUGCCAUCUUCUCCAAGAACUCCAAAUACAUCAUGUCCAGUGGCAAAGACUCAGUGGUGAAGCUGUGGGAGAUCUCUACAGGCCGGACGCUGGUCAAGUACACAGGAGCAGGCUUGAGUGGUCGCCAGAUGCACCGCACACAGGGCGUGUUUAACCACACGGAGGACUACGUGCUUCUGCCAGAUGAGCGCACCAUCAGCCUGUGCUGCUGGGACUCUCGCACGGCCGAGAGGAAAAACCUGUUGUCUCUGGGACACAACAACAUUGUGCGCUGCAUCGUCCACUCACCCACCAAUCCCGGCUUCAUGACCUGCAGUGACGACUUCAGGGCCCGUUUCUGGUACCGCCGCACCACCACAGACUGAGACACAUCCCACUUCCAUGUUUCCAAUAAAUCACAGACCUUCUCUAUCUCAUGCCCCAAUGUCAACAGAGAACUAAACUGAGUGGUGGUUACCUCGGUUGCUGAUCUCAUCACUGUCUCCUGAUCUGUGGCAGCUUUAAUUUGAAAUCAUGCACUGCGGGAGUUACCUGAAUGUACUCUUCGACACAGUUUUAUCAGAUGCUCUCUCAAGGGCAUUAAUGGUGCUCGUUAGGCUCACAUAGGUUCCCCACAUUAAGUAAGUGUUACUUUUGCAUCUUUUCCUACAGUUUGUCCGUGGCACCUCUAGCACCGCAACUGCCCUCUGGUCAAGAGAUGUCAGUUGUUUUGCUGCCAAUCACUCUCCAUGAUUAUUAACUUCAUGAUUGAACUGUGCAGUCUUUCUAUAACAGAAAUAGCUUUAGGCCUGGUUCACUCUGGAUGCGCGUCGCAGUUGUGCUGCGUCUAGCUCACAUUUGUUCAUGUGUUCUUCUCCCCACACCACCAAAAUGAUUAUGACUUUAUCUCUGACAGAAAACCUCACAUGUUUUUUGUUUACUCGUACAAGGUUGUAAAAUUGUUUAAAAAAAAAAUAGAAUAUUUUAUGUUUUUAAUGUUUUCAAAUUCAGUCUCUACACUAAAACUGCAGUGAGAGGCUUCAGUUUAAUGUAAUCAUGCUGGUGAUAAUGUCUAUAUCAGAUCUCUCUGUCUGUCUCACGUCCGUUUGUUGCAAACGUUCUCAUUUGUUAACGUUGAAACACAACCACAACACUGCCGUGACACUCGCAGGGCAUCCAGUGUGAACCAAGCCUUAGGAAGUGACGGCCAGCACAAAGAUGAUAAAUGAUUACAGCAGGAAAAUCAGUUUCAGUACUAGAAUACUGCCAACUUAAAAAAUGAAUGAAAAUGACACUCUGAAGUCUGUUUGGCCUUUAAAUCGCAUUGGAAAUGUAACUGUUGACUGGUAUGUCGUAAUUGACCACAGACGUUGGUUAAUGUCUCCUUCACUUUUUUACUUUGUCAGUUAGAUUUUUAUUAAACUAUUAAAAGAAAGAAGGCUCUUCUCUGAACUUGA